UCAGACGUCAAUCAAGUUGCAGCCUCCUCUCUUUUUUUUCACACCGGGACGAGCGGUCAGAUCCGAAGGAAGAAGUCGCUGGAACGGAGACCAGCUCCAAAUAAUGUGAAUAAAUCUCCUGCUGAAAGAAACGCACACAAAGCAUCAGAGCCCUUGGACAUGGAUGUCGUGGACCGGGACGGACUGGGCCGCUGGGACGGGCUCAGCAGCCGUGACGCGGGCUCCCGGGACUCCGCCAUGGAGACCAUCCAGCAGGAGCUGAUGAGGAUUGUGGAGGCCGUCGGGCGCGCUCCAGCAUCCCAACCCCGGUCCCCUGCCUCGCCGGGGCCACCCUGCAGAGUCCUCAACGGCAUCCUGGCCCACCUCCUCAUGCUGUCCAAGCGCUGCCCCUUCCAGGACAUCCGAGAGAGAUGUGGUUGGCUCCUGCAGACCGUCCAGGACCUGGGAGUGCGGAGCCCAAGGCCUCUGGCUAAUGGACCCAGCAGAUUCAUCCCUGAAAAAGAGAUCCUUCACGUCAGCAAAGGGGAUGACAGGACACAAUCAAUAUUCGAGGACGCCUUCGUGGCCCUCGGUCGCCUUGACAACAUUUCGCUGGUCAUGGGCUUCCAUCCACAAUACCUAGAAGGUUUCCUUAGGACUCAGCACUACCUGCUGCAGAUGGACGGCCCCUUGUCCCUACACUACCGCCACUACAUAGGCAUCAUGGCCGCAGCCCGGCACCAGUGCUCUUACCUGGUGAACCUGCAUGUCAACGACUUCCUGCAGGUGGGGGGGGACCCUAAGUGGCUCAACGGGCUGGACGGGGCCCCCCAGAAGCUGCAGCACCUCGGGGAGCUCAACAAGAUCCUGGCCCACCGGCCUUGGCUGCUCACCAAGGACCACAUCGAGCAUCUUCUGAAGGCAGAGGAGCACAGCUGGUCGCUGGCGGAGCUGAUCCACGCCGUAGUGCUACUGACCCACUACCACUCCCUGGCCUCCUUCACCUUUGGCUGCGGCAUCACCCCCGACAUCCACUGUGAGGGCGGCCACACCUUCCGGCCCCCCUCGCUCAGCCAGUACUGCGUCUGCGACAUCGCCAACGGGAAUGGCCACGCCUAUCACCACGACGACCUGCUCGGCAAUGAGGAGGUGUCGGGCGAGGUGGAGGUGCUGAUGGAGAAGAUGAAGCAGCUGCAGGAGUGCCACGAGGAGGAGACCAGCCAGGAGGAGAUGGUGGAGCGCUUUGAGCGGGAGAAGACGGAGAGCAUGCUGGUGGUGACGGCAGAGGACGAGGAGAGCGCGCCCUCCCGGGACGUCUCCCGCCACUUCGAGGACCCCAGCUACGGCUAUAAGGACUUCUCCCGGCGUGGCGAGCACGUGCCCACCUUCAGGGUGCAGGACUACAGCUGGGAGGACCACGGCUUCUCCCUGGUCAACCGGCUGUACCCGGACGUGGGUCAGAUGCUGGACGAGAAGUUCCAGAUGGCGGCCAGUCUGACCUACAACACCAUGGCGUCUCACAAAGACGUUGACACGUCCAUGCUGCGCAGGGCCAUCUGGAACUACAUCCACUGCAUGUUCGGCAUCAGAUAUGACGAUUAUGAUUACGGGGAGAUAAACCAGCUGUUGGACCGUAGCUUUAAAAUCUACAUCAAGACCAUGGUGUGCAUUCCUGAGAAGACCACAAAAAGAAUGUACGAGAGCUUCUGGAGACAGUUCCAGCACUCGGAGAAGGUCCAUGUUAACCUGCUUCUAAUGGAAGCGCGCAUGCAGGCGGAACUGCUGUACGCUCUGAGAGCGAUCACCCGCUACAUGACAUGAAGUGCUCUGUGGCAUUUUUAUUGUUGUCCUUUCACUGUUGUUGGUGUUGUUCAUUACG